CCUGCAGGUCGACGUGCUUUGACAAUGCUCGGGCAUUUCCUCCUCAGGAAUCCGGAGUGAAAUACGGGCCUGUCAGGACAGACUGGUGUGAAAACGCCAGGAGUUGUUUUAGCAGAAACAGAGUAACCAGCAAAUGGGUCCCAAAAAGCUCCAUAUCCGUGUGAUCAAUAACCAAUUUAUAUUUAUUUAAAUGUAUUUCAAAGCUUGGUCCUUCAGUGUGUUUCUGGUAACUCAAACUAUGUUCUUUGUUAAACGACCUCUUUGUUUAUUUUUCAUGUUUCAGGAAGUCACAGAUGUUCAACAUUUUAAUACAGUUUGGACCCAUAAUGUCAAACUGCCACGUCCGUCCUCUCCUGGUCUGGAUGCUGUUCUGGACUUCAAUGCUCCCGACGGUUUCAAAUCAAGCGAAAAAGCCGAAUUUCAUCAUCAUCCUGGCGGAUGACAUCGGCUGGGGCGACCUGGACGCCAACCAGCCUGAGAGGAAGUCAAACAACACUCCGAAUCUGAACCUAAUGGCUGAGCAGGGGCUGAGGUUGACAGACUUUCACUCCCCGGCCUCGACGUGCUCUCCGUCCCGCGCCGCCAUCCUGACAGGCCGCUACGGCCUACGAAACGGGGUGACCCACAACUUUGCGGUGGAGUCUGUGGCGGGACUUCCUCUGUCUGAAGUCACCUUCCCCCAGCUGCUCCAGAAGGAAGGUUACUACACCGCCAUGAUCGGGAAGUGGCACCUGGGACACAACGGUCCACACAGCCCGACCAACAGAGGUUUCGACUACUACCUGGGCAUUCCUUACAGUAACGACAUGGGAUGUACCGAUAAACCAGGAUAUAAUCUACCCAAAUGUCCUCCUUGUGAAUCCGCUGGAUCUCAGUCGAUCAGUCUACAUGGAGGCUGUUAUUCCAAGCUGGGUCUUCCUCUGAUUGAGAACAGCAGUAUCGUGGAGCAACCUCUUGACCUGUGGAGCCUCACUGAUCAAUACGAGUCUGCUGCACUGAAGAUUAUACACAACACAAGUGCACGAGGACAGCCGUUCCUCCUCUACAUGGCUCUGGCUCACAUGCACGUCCCCCUGGCUCCUGCAGGAGCCGCCAGCGAAGGAGUCUACGCUGCCAGCCUCAAAGAAAUGGACUCUCUGGUCGGGACGAUAAAAAGCGCCUCUGAUGACACGGAGAAGAACAACACUCUCAUUUGGUUCACAGGAGACAACGGACCGUGGGAGCAGAAGUGCCAGUAUGCAGGAAGCGUCGGGCCUUUCACAGGAAAAUGGCAGACCAACAAAGGUGGCGGUUCUGCGAAGCGGACCACGUGGGAAGGAGGCCACAGGGUUCCCGCGGUGGCGUACUGGCCCGGCAGGAUCCCUGCAAACGCCAGCAGCUCGGCCCUGCUGAGUGGCAUGGACAUCUUCCCGACUCUUCUCUCCUUGGCGGGAAUAAACCCCCCAACAGACAGGGGCUACGAUGGUAUGGACGCCACCAGCGUCCUCUUGCGUCAGGAGCACGUGGGUCACGAGUUUCUCUUUCACCCCAACAGUGGCGCUGCGGGGCGGUUUGGGGACCUGCAGGCGGUUCGAGCUGGGAAAUACAAAGCCUUCUACAUCACAGGUGGAGCAGAGGCUUGUGGGGGAGCAACGGGACGCCCGCAGCUCCACGAUCCGCCGCUGAUAUUUGAUUUGGAGCGAGACGCGGCGGAGGAAACGCCCCUGGAGGUCCACACACCUGAAUACCAGACAGUGGCACAGAGAAUCGCUCGCAAGAGGGAGGAGCUAUUGUGGGACAUCGCCACGGACGAGUCUGUGUCCACAGCCGACUACAGAAAGGAGGAAUCGGCGGCACCGUGCUGCGAUCAAAGGCAGGCCGUUUGCCGGUGCAAAACCCUGGACUGAGGCGGGGAAGACACAAGAAUUUAGCAUGGAUGUACCUUCAGAAACCAUGAGAAAAUCCAAGAUAAUAGUAUUUUGUUGGUAUCCCGGAAGUUUAAAGUCCCCUCCAAGUAUAUAUUGUCUUCUAUUGUAAAUUUGUGCUCUUUUAAAGGGUUACCAAACCCUAAAUCAACUUUUUUUGGUCUAUAAAUGAGGCUUUAAAAGUUCUGUCACAGUCAUUUCCACAUUUUUGAUUAAUUAAAAUAAAGUUUUUUAAUUUU